AUGGGAAACGCCGUAAUGUUCCUGAUGCUGAUCGGGAUGCCACUUUUUACAACGUCGCAUCAAACAGAACUGGAGCAGGCUAUAAGAUAUUUAAAGCGAUAUGGCUAUCUGUCUACAUCUCUGCAAGAGCAAGAACCACAGCUGGAAAAAAUAACUGAAGCACUGGGAAUAUUCCAGAAAGUGACAGCCCUACCAAUCACAGGCAGGCUGGACAAUGCUACGCUAGCCAUAAUGAAAAAGCCGCGCUGUGGCCUUCAGGAUCCCUUUAACAGCAGAACUCUUAAAUAUCGUAUCCUGGGUUUCUGGCGUAAGAAGAAGCUGACUUAUCGUGUCUUUGACUAUGCUCAGGGUCUGGGAAUGGCUCAAACACUGACAGCUAUAAAGGCAGCGUUCAAGUACUGGAGUGACGUCACACCUCUCCAGUUUUACGAGGUCACUACAGGAAACGCUGACAUCAAAAUGUCCUUUCACAAAAGGGACAGUGUCUGCCCAGUGCCAUUUGAUGGACCAGGAGAUGUUCUGGCUCACGCUGAAGGUCCAGAAUCCGGCAUUGUGCACUUUGAUGCAGAGGAGUUGUGGACUGAGAGGCAAAACUAUGGAGCAAAUCUGAGAAUUGUAGCAGCCCAUGAGAUCGGCCACGCUCUCGGUUUAGACCAUUCGCAGUAUUCCAGUGCUCUCAUGGGCCCUGUGUACACUGGUUACCGUGACAACUUUCAGCUCCAUCCAGAUGAUAUCCGUGGAAUCCAGGCACUGUAUGGUAAACCAGAGGAACAACCUCCAGUAUCCUCAGACUCACCUCCACCUGAUCCCUGCACUGACUCACUGGAUGCUAUAAUGCUUGGGCCGUUCCACAAGACGUUUGCAUUCAGUGGAGAGUAUGUAUGGACGAUAUCUGAUGAUGGCUAUAACACACCGAUACGGAUUAACAUCCUGUGGAAGGAACUGCCUGGUUAUAUAAAUGCUGCUGUGCAUUCGCAAAGGACCAACAAGUCUUACUUUCUUAAAGGUGAUAAAGUCUGGAGGUAUUCUGGCUUUAAGUUGGACCAUGGUUAUCCCCAGCUGCUUGCUAUCCCACCAAACAUCGACGCCGCUUUUUACUUUCAAACAAAUAAAAAACUCAUUUUUAUUAAGGGUUUCGAAUACUGGCAGUGGGAUGAACUGGGUUCCCCUGAUGAACUGAAACAAUUUCCUAAACCCCUCUCCCAUCUCAUCUCUGGGUUACCAUCCAAUCCAGACGCAGCAUUCACCUGGACUAAUGGUCAUGUUUACAUUUUUCAAGGAGACCAGUACUGGCGCAUAAGCCCCAGACGCUUCAUCGAGAAAGGUUACCCGCUAAACAUGAGAGAGCGCUGGAUGCAGUGUGGAAAUUAA